UCUCUCUCUCUCUCUGGUUUCCUUUUUUGACUGUCAAUAAAGGAACCUUAAAAGUAAAAGUCUCUCUCUCUCUCUCUCUCCCUAUCCCUGUCUUCGUCUGUCCACCUGUUUAUAUCUCUGUGUUGUUUCCACGUGUUCAGGUGAGCUGGUUAGCUGCUACUGUAUACUGUAUAAACGUGCUGUAGUCAUAUGUGCUGUUGAGCUGUUCUUGUGUGUGAUGCUGGGCUAGCUACCACAUGAAGCCCCAGUGAGCUGUUCUUGUGUGUGAUGCUGGGCUAGCUACCACAUGAAGCCCAGUGAGCUGUUCUUGUGUGUGAUGCUGGGCUAGCUACCACAUGAAGCCCCAGUGAGCUGUUCUUGUGUGUGAUGCUGGGCUAGCUACCACAUGAAGCCCCAGUGAGCUGUUCUUGUGUGUGAUGCUGGGCUGGCUAGCUGAUGGGUAAGAUCAGUACCACUGAGUGAGCUGUUCUGUCUGUGAUAUUGAUGGGUAAGAUCAGUACCACUGAGUAAGCUGUUCUGUGUGUGAUAUUGAUGGGUAAGAUCAGUACCACUGAGUAAGCUGUUCUGUGUGUGAUAUUGAUGGGUAAGAUCAGUACCACUGAGUGAGCUGUCUUGUUGCUCUUGUGUGUGCGGCAGCACCACCUUCACCCCUGCGGACAAGCUGCUGGUGAUCCGGCACACGUUUGAGGAGAUGACCCAGGAGGCCCUGACUCUGCUGGACGAGGACUUCAGGUGGUCCAUGGACGACCUCUUCCCACUCUACCUCUAUGUGGUGUUGCGAGCCCGCAUCAGGAACCUGGGUUCAGAGGUGAGCCUGAUAGAGGACCUGAUGGACCCUCAUCUCCAGCACGGAGAAGACGGACUCAUGUUCACCACCCUCAAGGCUUGCUACAUCCAGAUCCAGCGAGAGAAGACCACAUAAGACAACAAGUCAAGAUGGCCGCCAUGGACUCAGAUCUGACCCUGUGCGCCUGGUCAGAUCCAUUUCUGAGCAAUCUGCUCACAGAGUGUUUACCCUGACCAAGACUGGUUGGUGCUGUAGUGGACUGUGUAUAGCUAUAGAACAGCUAGCUCAAACCGCUAGCAGAUAAAGGGUUGAGAUAGUCAGCACUUAGAACCCUUUACUGAGACUCUUCAAAGACUCUUUUACCGAGCUAACAGCUAACUCUUUAAAGACACCUGCUAGUCAUUGUAAGUGUGAGAGUGAAAGAGAGAGAGAGAGUGUGAGAGAGAAAGAGAGAUUAAAGGUGGUUGCAUUAGUUAACCAAGAUGUGAAACCACCUUGAACUCUUAGUAUUUCACAGUUUCAAUACACUCCAGGCCUCUAGAGACAAGAGUGUCAUCACUGUAGGCUACUCAUUAGCUAUUAGCUUUGAUCCACCAUGAUGGUGUUACUGUAACUGAAUCAGCCAAUUAAUUCAGCUACUGCCUUUGAAUAGACUGACCGUAAUGUAAAUUAAGGAGAAUAUAUGUCAUUCAUUAUCUACUGUAUGUGCAGUAUGUAUAGCCUCAGGGUUCUUUGCAUUAAUGCAGAGAGGUAUGGCAGGGAGUACAGUUAGCUAGUGUAACUGUUAGCGUUAGCCAGAUAGCGUCUGUGUGGGGGAUGAACCUAUAGAGGUCCACAAUAAGGCCUUAUCCAAGUUUUUUUACAUACCAUAACAUUGUGUGACCAAAACACUGCUUAAUUACUGCCACCAUUCUACAUGCACUCUGUUUUAUUUGCAGCCUUUUAUUCAAGUCUUCAAUCAAAUUAUUGCUUAAUGAAGGCUUGAAUGGUUCAAAUGUUGCAAAUGAAAAAGAUAACACACAGAUAUGAAAUCUUUUCUCCUUUACUUUCAAGCACCAUGUUUUUUUUUUGUAAGUAUAUUGUUUGCCUUUAUAUCAAUAGGACAGUGGAGAGAGACAGGAAGUGAAAUAGAGAUGGGUUAGGAUCAGGACAUGUCCUCUGGCCAGAAUAGCACAUGGCUCUCCAUGGGCACUGACACCCACAUGUGGCAUGGUGCUGCCGACCUGGCUCUCCAUGAGCACUGACACCCACAUGUGGCAUGGUGCUGCCGACCUGGCUCUCCAUGAGCACUGACACCCACAUGUGGCAUGGUGCUGCCACUUGCACCCCAGCACCUCCACCAGCACCAUGUGUGCCCCAGUUUGGCUUGGGUUGGAUGGAUGGACACACCUAUUUAAAGUUUUUUCUACUUUGCAAGUCAGAUGUGGAGUGCAAUGGCAUGUUCUAGGUCCUGCUGUUGUUAGCAGUUUGGUUAGGGUUAUGGGGUCACUUUUCAUUAUACACUUUUCAGUUUUUUGUGUAUUUUCACCCGGUCAUGGGAUUAUGAGAUGACAUUACAUAAAUAUCACUGACAUACAAGUGGUUCUUCAUAGAGAAUGAUGCAGAGAGAGGGAGGGAGAGGCUUAGUAACUUUUGGCAGUUUGUACUUACCAUAACCAAACUGCGUUCAAAGCCUACAUUACUCCAUUUGGGUACAUUGUAUCCAAGACUAGGCUUCUAGAACUCAUUUCACAUCAAUCCAGCAUUCAUACAAGACCUAUAGAUGAACAAAGCUAUGGAGUCUGGAAAAUGUCACCGUAGAAGGACAUUAUUGUGUGGUCUGUCUCAUUAAAGAGGUCUCUCCGCAUUGUGGACGGGGAUGCAGAUUACCCUCUGUAUUACAUAAGACCUGCUGAAGCACUGGUUUGCCAAAAGGGAUCCAAUUUUUAGGGUUUAAAGGGAUGUAUUUUCUACUGUUAGAAAAAAAAGAAAACACUGGAAAUAUCUAAUGAUUGUCAGAAAAAAAACUUAUUUUUGUGAAAUGAAAACCAUUGCAAAAAAAGAAAUAGUUUUUAUUUUUUAAAUCCUAUUUAGGGAAUGUAUCCUGCUGGGAUUUGUUGUUGUGUAAAGCUGUGGGUGAUUUCGGCUGCUUUUAAAUUAUUGUUUUAUUGGGCUUUCUCCUGGGAUUAGAAUGUGAUUGAAUUAAAAUGGCCAAUACUUUGAUGAGAGGCGAUAAUGGAGAAAAGCUGUCAUUAUAAUUCACAACAGAAUUAACCACCCAAGGUCACGACACCUUCUCGUCCUUGUACCCACCGUCCACACACAUAGAUGCAGAAAGAGUAGAGGCACUGUUUAUAGAUUGAGAAUAUAGAGCGCUAUGCUCUCAGAUCUUUGGUCACAACUUUCUGCAUAGCAGGAUACUUGCAUUCGAUUGCCUUAAUUGAUCUAAUACUGAUGGAGUGCUUGUCUAUGGGAAAAGAAACAUUAAUAUAAAUGUGCCUUGGUUCAUCUACUGUACUUCCCUCAUGUAUUUGAUAAGGAAUAUAUACAGUUGAGUGCAAAUGUUUGCAUUCAUUUCAAAGUAAGGGGGUAUGAGCUUCUGCACUCAUGUUGGUGGGAAAUGUCCAAUGUGCCAAUGAAACUGUAUCAUGUGGAGCUACUCUCCAGCUGAUUCUCACAGGCCAUCAUUUAAUUGCUGGGCAACAGUCAAGGAGCAAAGCAAUGUUUAAGGUUGGCCUUGCACAACAUAAAGCAAAUGAUCAAGGUCGGCCAUAAAACAAAUGUAAUAACUUGGUCAAAUCAUUUUUUUGUUUAACUGUGCAACAUUAUUUACUGAUUGAGUGCGAUGAGAUUGAUCCUAUGUGCAAACAUGAGUUCCUUGUCGCAUUACUCCCACGUCACAUGAUGGAUUGAGUUCAUGCACAAUAGACUUUGUCCGUUGCUCUUUGCUUUGGUCAUUGCCCGUUAAUGAAAGGGAUAUUACUGAACAGCUAUAAGAUAAGGGCUGACACUUGGAGCCCUAAUUUAGGUGUCGGGCAAGUCUAAAGUCUAUAACUAAUGCUAAUUUAACAGUUAUACAAAAUCUAUUUUGCAAAUGUAACACCAUGAGCCUGACCCCAAGCACAAGCUGUGGUGUGUCAGCUAAAAGCUGUCACACGUCACAAGUCACAUGAUGCCUUUCGUUCACAUGUUACUCAUAGACUGACUUUGCACUUUGCCUGGCAUUUAAAUUAGGGCAUUUGCACAGAUGCGGCCCAGAUUAAGCCCAGACCUUGUCAAAGACAUUAUUCUUUCUAUUAUCAGCCUUUCUCUUUGGUCAUGAGUGUGUGGAUUAAUGCUUGAGAAUGUCUUGUACAUUUCAUGUUUGUGCCGCCCCCGAGACACACUGAAACAUGGGUCUAAUAAAGCAGCCAAGAGCGUGAGCCUGCCUUCCCCAGGCUCAGAGCUAUGCCCUGGGUGCUGUCUACCUUCGGCCCUAUAUGCACUGUUACAGAUUCCUGUUCACUUUUUCCAGUCUUAACUGCACAGAGGAAGAUGAUUGUGUUUUAGAUUAUACAUUAAAUCUUAUUUUAAACCAAAA